GUGGCUAAGGAAUCUUCUAAAGCGAAGAAUGAACGUCGCAAGCUAACCGUAGCGCGAUACUCGGGAAGGCGUGCUGAGUUGCGCGCAAUCGCGCAGGACAUGAGCAGGCCGCAGCAAGAACGCGAUGCCAACCCAAAUCGUGUUCGCAAUCGAGACCUGCAGACAGGCCGUCCGCGCGGGUAUAUCAGGCACUUCGGACUGUCGCGCAUCACAUUUCGUGAAAUGGCGCUGAAAGGGUUGCUGCCCGGCGUGCGCAAGGCAAGCUGGUAG